AAUCGGGUCCUCAGCCGCACGUAAGCGAAACAGUUUGCUAAUGUAGAAUGGGACGUUAAUCAAAGCCGGUCGUGUUUACAUGUCGUUUGAGUAAUAAUGGCUGGGAAAGAUGAUGAACUGGAAAAACGUGCAGUGGAGGAGCUGCUCAAGGAAGCCAAUAGAGGCCGGGUGCGUGCAGAGACCAUGGGUCCAGCCGGAUGGAUGAAGUGUCCUCUAGGAAGCACCAAUAAACGCUUUCUGUUAAACACUCUGGGUCCAUGUGCUGCUGAGCACCCAUCCAGGAGUCCGUCAGCUAUGCUGAGAAGAGUCAAAGACAGCACGGAAGACGGAGGUCGACGGUCACGUCAACAUCACCACCACACUGAGGACAGAGAACUCAGCUAUAAAAAAGACACCAAAGACAGAAGAGAGCAUCCUCAUUCUUAUUCUCAGUCUUCAAGGCACCAUGAUUCAUCUAUAAGUCAGUUAGCAUCCACAGGCCACGCCCUCCGUCAUGGCAGCCAAUCAAAUAGAACUCGAUCCCGGUCACCCGUCAGAGAAUACCCUACGACCAAAAGAUCCUCUGACAGGACUCGGAAAUGAUGCAUUACCUCUUCCGUAGAAUGAAAUGUACUCUCUAAGGGCUGAUUUAUACUGCUGCUAGGAUGCAAGAGAAACAGGAGAGGGGUUUAUUAGUAAGUGAAAAAGCCAAUGAGCCGAGCCACAUGCCUCUAAAAUCUUAACAUGGCCCUUCCUUUAUUAUUAUACUGAACAAUCCACUGUGAGAAAUGCCAUGAGACUGCCAUGAUGCCACUGUGAGAAUUUGCUAAUCAUGACCCAUAGCAGCAUGCUCGUUAGGUUUUGAAUGGGAUUACUAGAGCUUCGUUCAAGUCUCAGAUCAUUUGUCUCCUGUGUUGACAUAUCAAGACAUGAGGAAAUGAUGAUUAGUGAUGUAAUGACAUGCUAACAGCAGUUCUACACACACCUGGAGAUGACACGUUUCUUUUUGUCCCAAGAAAACAUUUAUACAGAAGGCAACAAAUCAAACCACUUCUUGGCAGAUUUACACACAGUUCAGUCGUGUUUUGUUCACCGUUGAUUUGUUUUGUUUAGAACGAGUCUGUAAAGUGACAGAGUCUUAGACUGAGUAAAAACCCUUUACAGUUGCAGCUGUAUAGUUCAAGUUGCACUUCAGUGUGGCGGAAAACGGAGCUACAACUGAAGAAACCAAGACUUUAAAAUGAACUCAAAUAUCUAAAUAAAUGAAACAAAUUUAUUUAAAAUUUUAACCAACAAAGUGGUUUGAUUUGUUGCCUCAACUUUUGUUGUUUUGGUGCCACUGCCCCCUAGUGCACGUGUUCACACCAUGAGGGAGCAGGGCAGGUGCAGAAGUACAAAUCAACCCCUAGUCAUCAUCUGUCUGGAUUAAUUAUUGAUCUGUCCGCUAUAUCAACAGCGGCAGGAUUUCUUUUAUUCUACACUCUCAGCUUGCAGCGUGAAUUUGUCAUUUUAUUUUUAAUGCAAUAUAAAAAGAUCCCAUAAUAAGUACGUGUCAGAUUUUUCCCUGAACAGCACAACAUUUGUAAAUACAGUUAAACACUAAUGAUGCUGAUACAGACUUUAUUUAUUUGUGUCUUUUUCUUGAUGGAUGAUGAUGAUAAAUGUUGUUUUGUAGAGGUUUUAUGCAAAUCCAUGGAAGAGAAUGCAAAUAAAAAGAAUGGAAUUUU